GAAUUCUUGAAUUCUUAAACUGACUAAGUUAUUAUUUAUAUGUUUGGCCAUAUAAUAUAUCAAUAAUUGUAAUACAUUAGCUAAAACCGUAAAUAAUUCUCAACCCAAACUAUCUGUAAAAUACAUAGAAAUGGCUGGUCAAGAUCAGAAUAACGGCAACCAAAAUGGUGUUUUAGACAACAAUGAAAUAGAACCGACGCAACAGAGUGAUGUUGAGGAGGAAACUGCCGUCGAAGAAUACAUCAUGUUGGAUUCUAAAUUGGAUGAGUUAAACACAGCAUUAGAUUAUUUGGAAAAAAAGAAUGACGACAUACAUGAAAGAUUGAAGGAGCUAUUGCAAUCCAAUAUUGAUGUCAGGCAAGAAUUACGAAAUGAAAGCGCAGAAUCAACUCCCAAUAAGUAAUUUAAAUGAGAAUAAUAUUCCAACAGUAUUUGCAUGAUAAAUAAAUUAUAUUACAGAAUUAAAUAAAAUGUUAAUAACCAAUGUAUCUCUAACCAAGUGCAUCUAAUUUAUUUAUCAGUGUAUUUUAGUGCAUAUGUUAUUUAAAUAAAAGUUUUAUUGAUGUUA